ACACACACACACACACACACACACACACACACACACACACACACACACACACACACACAAAUGUGCUUAUUCAUGCUCUAUUGUUAUUAAACCCCUCAGACACUGCAACGCCCACACAGGAAACUUAAAUCCACAUUCACUUCAAGGGUAUAAAUCUACAUAAAUAUAUUACUGUGAGAAACAAGAAUAAUUUAAAUCUGACUGACUCUAAACUCUGCAGAUAUUCUGAGAGGAUAAACUCCUAUAUGAUAAUGUAGGAAAACUGCUGUAGUCUACAAGAGAUAGAGAUAUAUAGGUAGCUAGCAGUACUGUAUUGAUCCCAAUUUAGGAAAUGAUCCUGUUUGCAACAGCAGCAGGUUUUCGUGGUAUGGAACAGAAAAAAGACACAGUAAAUAUAUAGAAAUCAACACUAUAAAUGUAUAUCUAUAUAAUCUAAGAAUACUCAAUAUAACAUGUUAGGAAAUACGUUAGAAUACAUUAUAAUAUAACGGCUAAAGCUUAAAUACAAACAAAGGAUGGUGUAUAAAUGAGACUAUUGUACAAAGCAUGUCAAUGCAAAGAGAUGGCAUGUGAGUUUAAUAUAAUACUGACCAAAGCUCUCCGUCCAAACAACAGUCUUAAGUUGGACAAACAAUAUAACCAUCCACCCUUUACCUUUUUACAGGUGAGUGAGAAGCUGCAUCAUUAGGAAAUGUUGGGUAACUUAAAACAACUAUUUCUCAGUUAGUUAUACUUGAAAUACACACAUUCAACACAAAAAGGAACACCUAGGCGUGAGUGGUUGACUUCAAACAUGUCUGCUGGAAAGUUUUCGACAUGAGAUAUUACUCACGGUUAUAAUCCUCAGUGACGCUAUGAUAUCCCCACUCAUCCUUCCUUUAUUAGGGUUAGUAGAGAUCUGUUGCCCAUAACAACCCUCUGUCUGUCCUCAGUAGCGAUGUGGACAUGGAGGUGGACCACGUCUCCAACGGAGUCACAGAGUCGUCCUCCAACGGGUUCCUCAACGGCUCCAAACACGUGACCGAGCCCGACGAGUGUGAGGCAGACAUGGAGGUGGAGUCGGCUCAGUCGAAGAGGCAGCUGUGCGGUGGCAGCCAGGCGGCGAUCGAGAGGAUGAUCCACUUCGGCCGCGAGCUGCAGAGCAUGAGCGAACAUCUGCGCCGCGAGUGUGGGAAGAACUCCACCAACAAGAAGAUGCUGAAGGUAACAGGAAUCGCUCAGUGGAAAACGAUCGUUACAUGAGGUUGUUUUUCUGUUGGUGUCAGGACUGUCUUUAACGUUUCAUUAUACACUUUAAAACGUGUGCUUUUCUUACUGACACACGGCAAGCUAUAAUGUGUUGAACAGCAUUUUGAAGAAACCUAAACAACCUUAACUGAAAUAGAGGUACAGUGUUAUUAGUAUGACUUGAUUCAGGUGGCAAUGGAAUACAAAAAUGUAUAAAAACUGAAGCAGCUGAGACUGAGACAUUCGGACAAAAAACUAAAUAAAUUCUCAUCAUUUUUGUUCAAUGCAACUCAACAAAAUCAUAUUUUUAUUUAAAGGUCACCUAU